CUAAUUCUAUGGAAAGUUAAUUUUUGCUGAAAUCAGAAAACGUUCAUUACAAUGCUGUUGCUCAGAAUCCGUGAACAGAUCAAUCGUAACAUAUCUUGAGUUCGAUCGAAUCGACGAAGCAUUGAACAGCUGUAAUUAAUUCUGAUAACGAAUUCUUAAAUUAUCAAUCGAAUUAACCAUAAGUGUGGAUCUUCAUGAGUGCAGAUAUCAGGAGUAACUAGGUCAACGAAUCUUAUUAUGUGAGCUGUGAUCAAAUGAACGAACUGGCUAGUCGGUCGUAACAGUAUAAACGAAGGAACUUUCGAAGCAGCUGUUACUGGCAAACGCAAGUGCGCGUGUCUGCCAUAUUUUGGCAAAAUAAUUAGUAAAACCUGCGACGAUUAAUCUAGAUCGUCCGUAAAUUUCACGUGCCUCCAGUACCUUGCGUAUUCACGAUAUCAAGAAGUGAUAAAUAAAGGUGUAUUCAAUGAAAUCAGUCACCUCUGUUCCCGAAGCAAGCUUCGGGCGUGACAUGGCAGAACGCCUUGGUUUGGGCCCCGAAAUUCGGGAACUCAAGCUUGGACCUACAUUUACAAAUAAUAGAUCAACAGCUUUCCAUACUUUAAAAUAUGAUUUUAAACCAGCUAGCGUGGAUGUUUCUAAAGUGGCAAUGGUAGAUGUUGGAGCAAACAACACAAUGACAGUUACUGUCCCUCAUUUAGAUGGUGCUGGAAUUCCUCAUACAGUGUUUAAAGGUUCCCAGAGACCCUACAGCAAAGAAUGUGUAUUAAUAAUUGAUAGAGUUACAGGAGAAAUUACUUUAGAAAAGUUAACAGCAAACAUACAAGUCAAAAAGACCCGAACCGAACCCAAGUCUCAGUCACACUUAGGGAUUUCCGGAGGUAAUAGUAGCAACAGACCUAUAACUCCAGUUGAAACCAAAAGGAGUCCCACGCAUGGAAGGGCAAAUGGAAGAACGAAAGUUACAAGUGGAAAGAAAAGGGAACCCAGUGUGCAGUUACAUCCAAAACAGUACAGUCCGCUUAGAGUUUCUCCUUAUCAUGGGAAAAGUCCACCUUCAGCUUUCACUAAUAGUUCACCAUUUAGUUCACCAGUGCAACCACAAGUGGCAUCAUCGACUCUGGCUAGUUUGCCGAUGAUCGGUUCCGACAACGAUGAUUGUCCUUUACCAUCGUCUGGAUCGUUACCAACUGUAAACUCUUCUGCACCUUCAAGAUCGUCCCCUGCAACAAAUACUCAGUCUACCACGAAACCUUCCAUAACUGUAGACAGUGAAUUAGUAGCUCUCAGUGAUUCUACAUCAAGUAGCUCAAGUUCAGAUAGUUCAGACAGUGAUUCUGAUACUGAGAAUGCUCCAGUGUUAAUGGGAACUAAUGGACAUUUGAAUAGUACAACUUCGUCACCCACCGUCCUUAUGCCACCAAAUAAUCUGUUGAACGAAGAUUUGCAAUUAUCAGAAUCAGAAUCUGAUAGUAAUUAAUGGGAAAAAAUAAACGGUCUUUUUAAGAUCUCCUUCGUUUUAAAACAUUCGAAAAAAUUGAAUGCCAUACCAAUUAAUUGAUUUUUCAAUUUGAUUAAUUGAUUCUGUGUUAAAAGAAACGAUUGAAUGACUGAAACGAUUGCAUUACUUACAAAAUAUUUAUUUAAAUGAAAUGCUGUAUAAAUUUAAUAAAGUAUGCGUUAUAAUAUAAA